UGCUCAGCCAAUGGGAGGUCGGGAAAAUUGUACCAGUGGGUGUGAUCCCUGAGGAGGAAGCGUCCCCGAACAAUAUAACAAAGUUUGAAGAGGAUGGCAGACAGGACUGUGGAUGGUGGGCCAUGGACAGGAUGUGCAGUUAUGUUUCUGCAGUCGCUCUGUCCUCGUGUUGACCUGCUUUCUCUCUUCAAAGAACAGGGAAAGUUCAUUGUCUUUAAAGUCAUCAAGCUGACACUUACAGAUUCUGCAGGAGGAUUGGGUGGUUAUGAGAUACUUAAGGUCCAUGACGCUGAUCCCUUCCUGGGGGUGGAGGUGAAGUUUGUGGAUGAGGCAGCCUGUCAGUACUUCCUCGAGAGCUACAGCUCUGGAGCAGUGCGACAGUCCCUCUCCCAACAUGCCUGCCGGCUUCUUGCUCUUUCACAAGAGCUCACUGUGGAAACCCAGCUCAAAGCCAGCACACACAUCCUGGAUCUGUAUCUGGACAAGCUGGAACUUUGUCUGAAGCACAUCCACCUGUCACAGCCGGAGCGUCUGCGGGACGAGGAGAUUGAUCUCCUAGAGCAGCAGCUGGAGAGUGAAGCCCUCGGUCCAGCCCCUCAGGCUGUCACCAUCACACAGGAAGAGUCGGCGGUCCCCAGCAACUGCUUUAAGUUUCAGAAUAGAGUGUAUGAGGACCGUAUGCUGACAGCAGCAGAUGUUCAGAGCUUCUCUAACAGAGUGGGCCGUCAGUGGAAGCACGUAGGGAGGGCCCUGGGGAAGAGCUGCGGGGCUCUGAAAGGUCCGGCCAUAGACAACCUGGCCUACGAGUACGAGAGAGAAGGGCUGUAUGAGCAAGCCUAUCAGCUGCUCAGCCGCUUCAUUGAGGCAGAGGGGCGGGCAGCCAAGUUGAGCCGGUUGGUCAAAGCACUGGAGGACUGCAAACUCACCAGCCUGGCUGAGAAUAUUUUGGACAUACAGCCUUGAGAGUGACCCUGAUUGCUUUUCACCUGCCUGAAAACUAAGGGGGAGAGGUCAUCUCCACUCUCUACAGUUCACUGUGUCCUGCCUGCUUUUAUGUACAGUAUGUUUGUUCUUGAUUGACGUCUGUCAUUCUCAAAUCAUUCCUCAGUGUGUGUGUGUGUGUGUGUGUGUGUGUGUGUAUAUGUGUGUUUGUGUGUGUGAGAGCAUGCUCCAGACAAAGAAUUGAUUUAUAUCUUGAUUGCCUUUUCAAUUAUUAGAAUUAUUGUUUGAAUUUAGAUAAAAUGAACUGUUAUCAUUGUCAUAAAAUAUGCUGUCUUGAGUUUUAAACACUGUAUAACCUGUUUUCAUCAUGCAGCUCUUUUACUUCUGCUGUAUGAGUCAAUUUACACAUGGAGCCUUUUGGGUCUUAUUGCUAAUGAGAACACAACUGAAGCUUAUGGAUUUUUUUCUACAAAAUGGGUUUCUACAAAUUAAAUGGUUUUAAAAAAAAGUCUUCAUGUUUUUGUAUGAUGCAUUAGUGUAAUUAAAACUGAAAACAUAA